CCUGAACAUCAUGAGUGGCAGUGCCAGUCUAAGAUCAGUCUCCAGGACCCAGCAUGGCUCUGGUAUUCCAGUCACACAGAGUAUGGUGACAUCAUCCAAGCUUGCCCAGAAGAAGCCAAGAGGAGGCGCUACCAAGGAAGUGAAGGAGAUCCCAGUCAACACCAAGGUUACCGUGGUUUCCAAGGAGAGAGUGGAGGGGAUGCCCCCCAGGUCUGGUGAAAGGAACCCUCUGCUUUCCCGAAAAACUGGAAUCCCGCCCCCCCGCGGAGCAUCAGAGGGAUUGUGUGCGUCUGAAAGGAGGAACGUAACCAGAUCCGCCUUCAGCAGCCCUCAGACUCGGAGAAAGGAAGCUCCGAGGUCUAAAGACACGUUGGACGUCAAUAGGAAGUCCCUUCCGCUUGAUGUAUUCCGGGAUCCGAGGAGGAACGGGAAUUCUCGAGAUGGGAACACUAGAGUAGGGGGCAAUGCUAAUGUGGAACCUUGGGAACCCUCCAGCGGAGUCAGGCAGGCCGGAGAGGCCACAGCGUUCCCGGUCAAGGGAAGGUCUGCCUCCAGGUACUGCAAUGAGAACUUGCUCCUGAGGUCUCCAGGAAGGAAGGAGCCAAAGGCGAUGAUGCAGCACCCCAGAGCUAUCUAUGGAUAUGGCAGUUUCUCUGAUGAAGAAAUGGGCACCCCUGAAGACUUGCCCUCAAAACCAGUGUCACCCUUGUGCCCACCAGAAGGUGCCCCUGUCCAGUUGCCCACAGGGACCCAGCUGUGUCGAACUGUCAUGGCCACAGUGCCACCUUUCAGAUUGCAGAUCAAUCCUGAGAAUGAUGUGUCCUCGCUGGAGGACUGCAGUGACUGCUCAUCGGAUUCAAUGGAGCUGUGUUGUCAGGACUUGG